CGGUUUUUUGCACGCCAAAUCCCGCCCUCGUCAGCCUUAUCCGCAUCAACUAUUCGCCGGCCCGCUGCCUUGGUGUGAAUUCUCCCAAAAGCGGCUUGGAAAGCGUGGUCGGGACUUGAGGCGCGACAAGCUCGCGCCAACCUUUCAUUCACUCAAACGCAUUAAGCUGACGACUCUUCACCACCCCUUCAACCCGCGGACCGAACCCCUUGGGUUCAACGAUGGCUGAAAGCGAGUUGCCGCCCCUUAAGAAGAUGGAUGGGGGUAAUGCGGACAACCAUGAUGCGUCAAAGGAGACCUACAAAUCAUUUAAGAAGAAGUAUCGCAAGAUGCGACAUCAGUUCGACAUGAAGAUGAACCUGAGCAUGUCGCUCUACAAGCAAGAGCAAGAAGCUGCUGAGACGUCAAGACGUCUGGCUUUAGAAAACGAUGGCCUUCUCGAGCUCCUCCUCGACAUGAACAACUCCCCAAACCUCCCCUCCGGCCAACAAAUCGAUCUGAGCGCAACCGCCCCAAACGUUUCCCUAGCACCACUUCCACUACUAUUCCCGCCGACUCCAGCUGCAUCCCCAGACCAAAAGGGCAUGACUCGUGGCCAAGAAUCUUACAACAAGCUUCACGCGUACAUGCAUUCUUCUAUGACAGACAAGCGACCUUCCGCUCCUCGACCGCAAAAAUCCCUCGCCUCGAUGAUGGCAAACGUUCCCCAUCGCCCCUACGAGGUUACUACCGUGCCACCAUCCGUCUGCAAUGUCCCCGGAGUACCACCCGACAUCGCCAAGGACCUCGAAAUCGGGCCCGACAAGCCAGAGCCUGUCGCAUAUCUCUCAGCCGAUCGCAUCGACGAGCACUGCGCGGUCAUUGACGCGAACCUGGACCUCCCCUCCGAACCGACGCUGUACACCAGUAACCCAAAUUUCGUGCCCGCGCCCUUACAUCUAAGCGAUAAAGAUUUGGAAUUCAAGAACCCAGUAUCAGUGUACAACUGGCUCCGCGAACACGAGCCCAAGAUCUUCCUACAGGACGACGAGCCGGCCGACUUGGCUGGGAAAGCUGUCUCGCGGCCUGGUGCGUUGAGGGGUGCCGGGAAGCGCGCGGCGAUCGCGGCGCCGACUAGGCCUGAUGUCGUUGAGUUCGUUGAGGAGGAUGGGCUGAAGUAUUUUGCGAGCAUAAGCGACCAGUAUGUGAAGGACAAGACGGGGUCGGGUGGGAAGAGGAAGCGCGGGGCGACUGAUGAGGGUGGUGGGUAUAGGCCGAAGGGCGGAUCUAGCAGGGCGGCGAAGAAGAAAAGGGGAGAAGGGAGAGCCAGCACGGGGAGCAGGAAGGAGAGGGAGAAGACUGAAAAGGAUGAGGAUGUGGAUAUGGCGGAUGAGGUGCUGGCAGUGGAGAAGUAGCACUGUCACGGUUGUGAGUGGCUGGUAUGCCGUGGAUUUGUUACUACUUGGGUUUUAUGGCGUCGCGAGGGAAGGAGUGUGUCUAAUAGCUUGGGGGGUCUGGGAUUUGGCUGGUUUCUUCAGAAAGGAGUUCAUGGGGUUAGUUGAGAUGAAUGAUAUCGGAUAC